AUGACCUCGACGUCGGCCCAGCGCACGAUGCAGGUGCUUGCGAACGGCGACAUUGUCGACUGCGCGCGCCUGCCCAACUCGGCCCGCAACACGUUGUACAAGACCGAGCUCUGCAAGCACUUUACCGAAACCGGCACGUGUCGCUAUGGCUCCAAGUGCCAGUUUGCCCAUGGCGAGGACGAGCUCCGCGGCGUGCUUCGCCACCCCAAGUACAAGACGACCAAGUGCAAGGCUUUCCUCGCCACCGGCAAGUGCAUGUACGGCGGCCGCUGCCGCUUCAUCCACGACAGCUCGCCCGAGGAAGACAACAGCGACGACGAGGCCUACAGCAUGACGCGCGCCGAGCAGGACGCGGAAAACAUGAAGGGCCGCGGCCGCCCGAUCCCUCGCGUGAACCCGUCGCGCCACUUUUACAGCGAGCCGGACGCCGAGGGCUCGAUCGACCUGAGCUGCUACUCGGCGGCGUUCAAGCUCCAGCCCGUCCACGCCUGCAGCUUCCCGCCCUUUGAGGAGACGCGCUUUGCGCGCAGAGAGUAUGGCUUCGGCGGCAGCGACACGUCGAGCGACCACACGCCGUCGAUGAGCGAUGAUGAGAGCACACUCAGCUUGAUGCAGCUCAACCUCGGCAACAACCAAAUCGACGACGACAUCGGUGCGGGCUCGCGGCUCUCGAUCUUUCAGCGCAUUUGCCGCGCGUCCGACUAA